CAGCUUCAACAACACCACAAGCAACAAAAUGGUCAAACUCCUCGUCCAGAUCGGCAUGGAGCUCGAGGGCGUGACCAACGUCCGCCCGGCCGCAGACUACGAGUACUACUUCAACGUCCUCUGCACGUCGUGCCGCGAAGAACACCCCAAGGUCGUGUCGUUCAACCAGACGGAGGAGCACGAGCUGUCGGGAAGCCGCGGCAGCGCGCACUUUGUCUGGCGGUGCGGUAACUGCAAGAAAGAGCACUCGGCAUCCUUCACCGCCCCCUCGUCCGCGUCCAAGUCGACGACUCCCCUGCCCUACUCCGCCGCGAACGGCGCGCUCGCGCCCUUUGUCGCGCUCGACUGCCGCGGGCUCGAGGUCACGCGGUUCCACUUCCGCGGGAGCUGGCUCGCCGACGCCGAGGACAGCGGCGAGAAGUUUGAGGUCGAGCUCGACGAGGGCGAGGAGCGGUGGGACGACUACGAUGAGACUGCUGGCGGUCCGGUCAGCGUCAGCGAGUUCAAGAGCGAGGUGAAGCGUAUUUAGAGGGCGAGCAAGCGAGGCAGCCGCAGGCUGGCGAGCUCCGCAAUGUGGAUGUGUAUAGAGGGUUGAGGUUGAUGCCGAUGUAAUUGCAUGGUCGCGG